CAAGUUUAGUCUCCAGCCGCUAGGCCAGCCCCUCAACUUGAACGAAGUAUCUCGUUUGUUUCCGGAAAUUUAAAGGGCUUUUGAGGACCAGUUUGGGAAGAGCAACAGCGCCACACAGUGAUUUUUUUUGUGAUCUGCAGUUUCGUGGAAUAAAUUAGCAUUUUUUUCUGACAGGUUAUGAUGGCAACAGAAAACUUCCUCUCUUAUAUCCCGUUGCAGGAAAUGCGAUGUGUUCUGCACUGGUUUUCUGACUGGUCAGAAUCACAACGCAGUCGUUUUCUUCAGGAUCUGUUGUGCAAGGCUGUUCCUGGAAAGCUAUGUUUGCUUUUGGAUGGAUUGGGGUCCCUUCAACUGUCUGCACCACCACCCAGUCUGUUUCAGUGCCAACUUAGACUCUGGGAUCAGUGGUUUCAGGGAUGGGAUGAAGAUGAGCGAAAUCAAUUCUUGCAUCGUCUUGAAGAGCAGGAUGCUGACUUUGUGGCAAAGUUCUAUGAGGAGGUGUCAAGGACUGCAGGAAAGGAUUGAGGAAGGGUAUUUUCAGUUUAAAACAACAGGAGCUAGACUGGAAGAAACUAUGAUUAGGGCUCUUGUGGCCAAAGUGCCAGCCAGUUGCAUCAUUUUGUAAAUUCUUUAGGCAUCCUGUCUUGUUUUGCCUCUCCUAUCUUCUUAUCUGCAAUGGUUAAGAUUUGUAUUUUUUUUCUUCCUUCUAAAAAUGAAGGGCUUGAUUCCAUUCUUCCAUGUAUACUGACAUGGUAUUUUCUUUUUGUACUUUAUUAUAUUAUAUAAAACCUUGUGUAUCUGGUAGGAUAAUUGCCAGGUUAUCUUUGUGUUGAUACAUGCAGGGUCUUGCCUUUGUUACGGCUUGUUGAAACUUUUGUAGUUUCAGCUAGGUGUCUCCGCUAAUGACUGUGCCACAUUUUUUUAGACUUGUCAUGAUGUCUAGCAAUUUAGAAUUUUUACAUCAAAACUAGCUCUCACACCAGGUCUGCUGGUAUUUGUGGCCUUUCUGGUGGAUAACUGCUGCUUACUUGUAAGAAUUUUCUUUGUAGUCUGUACCAAGAGAGAGUAAAAAUGAUUGCUGCACCACACACAGCACAACAGCCACCUCCAAUCGCAUAACUGUGAAGUAUAUGACUGACAUGUGAAGUAGGAGGAUCAGAGUCUAUGAGCCUGUGGAGACAAAUUGAGUGACACAUUAGGAGCAGAAGCCAAUAAAAAUUUGAGUGCUUGGUGACUUGGUUGAGCAAAAAAAAAUCAUUGACUGAAGGGACAGUUGGUGCAAAUAGAGCAACAAAGAAAUACAUAUAUAUUAAUAUUCUGCCAAAAGUGAAAUGUCAUUAAAAUGUU